CUACAUUCUAUUCAAUGAAAUAAAAAAGUAUAUUAAUGGACAUUGGCGUAUACUACAGGUCUCCCAUACUACUGGUUGCCUGGUGCAUUGACUUCCUGGCCUUGAAAUAACUUGAUUUGGAUACGCCGCUUUCUUUUCCACCUCGACCAAAGUUCUGUGUGCUAAAAAUAAAUGCCGUACAAAUAAAUGGAAUACCCGAAAUAGCCGCUGGAAUUUGUACAAAGUGCUGUAUUGAAACGUGCGCAAAAAUCGAAAAUAUCCGACACAAAAGUUCAACGGCAUUCGGUAGAGAGUAAAUAAAACAAAAAACCAAAGCAAAUUAAUUAGUUUGUUUAUUUGGCACAUUCGUUGAUCUCCCAUAUACGAGUCGCGUGUAAACAAUACGACAAAUAGGCAACUACAACUAUACAAACAAUAGUCACAGAACAUACAGAGAAAUAUUCAUCAGAGGCACAGCAGAUCGGAGCGGAUCGGCGACAAAAUGAAUGACCGUGAAUUGAGCUGCAAUGCGGGCGGCCAGUUUAUGGAUCGCGGACGAAUGAACCAGAAUGGCGUUGUCCAGCCAUUGCUAACCGAUUUAUAUCAAAUCACAAUGGCAUAUGCAUAUUGGAAAUCGGAUAAGACCGAUGAUCAGGCGGUAUUCGAUUUAUUCUUUCGCAACAAUCCAUUCCAUGGUGAAUUCACCAUCUUUGCUGGCCUCGAGGAGUGCCUCAAAUUCCUGGAUAGCUUCCACUAUUCACAAAGCGAUAUUGAAUACCUUAAGCAAACACUGCCCGAGGGCAUUGAGAAUGAGUUUUUCGAGUACUUGGGCAAUCUAACAGCGCGCGAGGUCACCUUGUUUGCCAUUGAUGAGGGCACUGUGGCAUUUCCACGUGUGCCCAUCAUUAAGAUUGAAGGACCCCUGAUUAUUGUACAGCUACUGGAGACCACGCUCCUAACUCUAGUCAACUAUGCUAGUUUAAUGGCCACGAAUGCAGCUAGAUAUCGCAUGGUAGCUGGCAAACAUGUCAAACUUUUGGAAUUUGGACUGCGUCGUGCCCAGGGACCAGAUGGUGGCCUAUCCGCAUCGAAGUAUUCCUACACAGGUGGUUUUGAUGGCACUUCCAAUGUUCUGGCUGGCAAACUCUUCAACAUACCCGUCAAGGGCACCCAUGCCCAUGCCUACAUCACCAGUUUCAGCAGCAUUGGCGAGCUCAAGACGCGUCUGCUCAAGCACAAGCAAACGGGUGUCAUGGAGGAUCUGUUGGAGCAUGCUGUUCGGCAUCGUGGCAUGUUGUCCCACGUCUUGGAUGUCUCAACGGAGGAGUCGAGUGAGGGCGAACUGGCGGCUAUGGUCUCAUAUGCCAUUGCAUUUCCGGAUGGAUUUAUGGCACUUGUCGAUACGUACGAUGUUAAGAGCCGAGAGACAGAACAGCAACUUACACAAGAUCUUCUAUCGGGUAACCAAAAUGCUACCAAAUCAAAAGACAGCAGCAGUCCGUCAAAGCCACAGAGCACUGUUAAUGGACAGAAAAAAAUAACUAAUGGCAAGAGCCAACAAUCAGCCAGCAAUGGACACAAGACACACAAUCACAAUGGCCAUCAGAAUGGUAUUGCUGCACAGAAUAUUGUUGGUGGUGGUGGCGCUAUUGGUGGUAGUAGAACGCCCCUUAAAGAUACUCUAAAUGAAACGAAUCUCAGCACAACAACAGCAACAACAAGAACAAGAACAAGUGCAACAGCAGCAACAACGUUAACAAGAACAACGUCCAAUGGGACGGCAUACCUACCAAAAUAUGUCGAGAAGUCAUUCAGGAGCGGGCUGUUGAAUUUCAGUGCCGUGGCUUUGGCCCUCAACGAUUUGGGUUAUCAUGCAUUGGGCAUACGAAUUGAUUCCGGGGACUUGGCAUAUCUCAGCUGUUUGGCGCGAGAGACCUUCGAGAAGGUGGCCGAACGCUUCAAGGUCCCAUGGUUCAAUAAGCUUACAAUUGUGGCCUCGAAUGACAUCAAUGAGGACACCAUAUUGAGCCUGAAUGAGCAGGGACAUAAGAUUGAUUGCUUUGGCAUAGGCACACAUUUGGUGACCUGUCAGCGCCAGCCUGCCUUGGGCUGUGUCUACAAGCUGGUGGAGAUCAAUGGACAGCCGCGAAUCAAGCUGAGUCAGGAUGUGGAGAAGGUCACCAUGCCGGGCAACAAGAACGCCUAUCGUUUGUACAGUGCCGAUGGACACGCACUCAUUGAUCUGCUGCAAAAGGUCUCGGAGCCGCCACCAGCUGUGGGCCAAAAGGUGUUGUGUCGCCAUCCGUUCCAGGAGUCAAAGCGCGCCUAUGUCAUACCCUCGCAUGUGGAAUCGCUGUACAAAGUGUACUGGAAGUCGGGCAAGAUAUGCCAGCAGUUGCCGACGCUCGAGCAGGUGCGCGAAAAGGUGCAAAUCUCAUUGAAGACGCUGAGGAAUGAUCACAAGCGUACACUGAACCCAACGCCCUAUAAGGUUUCGGUCAGCGAUAAUCUGUACAAUUUCAUACACGAUCUGUGGCUGCAGAAUGCGCCCAUUGGCGAACUCUCAUGAUCUAUAUAAGGAUAAGGGGAGCGACCGACCGACCGAAGCAGAGAAAACAUUUCCGAAGAAAAACGAAAAAACACAACGUACUUUUAUUUGACGUAGAACUGUUCUCGCUCAUCAUCCCAGAGAAGUUAGAUGAUGAUUUUUUAGUCAUUUGCUGGUCAUAUGAAUAUUCUAGAUGUUGUUGGAAUAGAAUUUUGGGUUCUAUUUUUUCAAACAGAAAUUCCGUAACGAAUUUUCUUGCGUUUACUUCAAUUGUUAAGUCGAUUUUAAUUUGUUUAAAAAUUAAAUAAUUGCUAACUAUCUAUGUAUGAAACGCACAUUAUAUUCAGGAAUGUGUCCAGGUGCCUUAUCAAACGAAAAAUAAUCAACCAAGAGAAAAG